CACAAGGAAAAACGCACUGUGUUUCGGUUGGGUUUUGUAGUGAUCUCUGCUCGGGCGGGCUGCGAAAAACACCAGCGACCAUCGCAGGGCGGUCAAGGGGACCGUAACCCGUAAUUAAUCUCCCACAGCAGUGUUUUUGUUUAGCCCGACAUUGCUUUUCAGCCGACCAACGGACUGCUUUUCUCGCCGGACCCCCGACCGACGAUCUAGCCAACACCGCAACCGCAACUGACCUCCCUCUCUUCUACCUGUGGUAUGCCCUUAUCGACGACGUGAAUUCCGGAAGAUCGACGGUGACUUUCCGGGGUGCGCGCCGUCUGGACUCGGAAGAAGAGCUUCAAAACUAGUGGCUAACGGGACAAGGAUGCAAAGGGCCGCAACUGUUGCCACCUGGCUCGCUUGAUGACCCUCGCUCUACGCCGUGGCAUAAUUAAGGGGAGCCAGCAACCACCGCCCUGAUUCUUCGACAGUCAUCGGGCUGUGCUGGGACUCGUUGUUGGGGUCUGCCACCAGCACGAUUCUCUCGCGUUACGCUCUUCGCGCCGAGCAUACCAUAGGCAAUCGGUGAGGAUAUGAGCGCUAGUGGUGCGGGCAGUUCGACGGCCACCGGUGGCGCAACGGCCACGGCUACCGCCACCACCACCGACAGCGCCACAUCGUCCUCCUUUUGGCGCACCAACAGCCGCUCGAUACCGGGCCGACCGACCACGGUGGCGAAUCGGAUCGGCUCCGGUCGACCCAUCGGAUCCGGCUCCGGUUCGAACUCGUUCCAGGACUACCAGGAAUCGGUGAGCGAUGCCUGGGAUCUGGGUGACGAUGAGUUCUGCAUCAUUUCCGGUGUAGUCGAUACACGCAUCUCGAAACGAGCCUCACAGACGGCCGCCCUGAACGUGAUCAAAACACACAAGAGCGGCAGCAAAGCCCAAUCCGGCGAAGCAUUUCCCAGUAUUGCGCGCACCGGAACACCGGCCGAUGCAGCGAGUCGAUUAGAGCAAGCGGCGGAUCAUCGAGAAUGUCAGCAAGCAACGGGAGCAACAGUGGUGGGACACGAUGGAACAGAAGUAGGCAUUGAAAAUCUGGAUCUACAACCGAACCGUCUACCGCAAUCACCAGUUUCCGGACCAGGAGGCCCUGGUAGCCCAAAUGAUGGUUCCACCGUGUACGAUCAUCGAAUUCGUCAAAGGUUUCACGCUUACCCGGGCCGACCGCAGCCGCUAAAGCUGUCCUCUAACGUGGCAUCGAAGGAUGUUGAGUGUGAGUCCAAGUACGAAAAGUUCAGCAACAUCCUCGAGGCACCGUUGCUGAACUUGAUCGCCCUCAAGGAGCUUAGUUGGUCGGGUGUUCCACGUAAGAUGCGUGCAGUGACGUGGCGCUUGCUGUCCGGCUACCUGCCGACCAGCCUGGAACGGCGGCAGACCGUACUGGAGCGGAAGCGAGUUGAUUAUCGCAAGCUCGUCCAGCAGUACUUCGAUGCGGAACGGCGCGAUGAAAGCCAGCAGGACACGUACCGACAGAUACACAUCGAUGUACCGCGUAUGAACCCGCACGUGGCGCUGUUCCAGCAGCAGCUCGUGCAGGAGAUGUUCGAACGUAUUCUCUUCAUCUGGGCCAUCCGGCAUCCGGCGUCUGGCUAUGUGCAGGGCAUCAACGAUCUCGUGACACCGUUCUUCAUCGUCUUCCUGCAAGAGGCUGUCGGACCGGAUAAAGAGCUGGAACAGUGCCAACUGGGGGCGCUCAGCAUCGAGCAGCGCGAUAUCAUCGAAGCCGAUUCGUUCUGGUGUUUGUCCAAGUUUCUCGACUGUAUCCAGGAUAACUACAUCUUUGCCCAGCUCGGUAUCCAGGCGAAGGUGAACCAGCUGAAGGAACUUAUCCAACGGAUCGACGGGACACUACAUCGUCACCUUCAGGCGCACGGUGUUGACUAUCUGCAGUUCUCCUUCCGCUGGAUGAACAAUCUGUUAACGCGCGAAUUGCCACUGUACUGCACCAUCCGGCUCUGGGAUACGUAUCUGGCCGAAUCGGACGGGUUCGCCGUGUUCCAACUAUACGUUUGUGCCGCUUUUCUGCUCCAUUGGCGCGAUCAGCUACUGCAGGAGAAGGAUUUCCAGGGAUUAAUGCUACUGUUACAGAAUCUGCCAACCCACAACUGGAUGGACUCGCAUAUCGGGGUGCUGGUGGCGGAAGCGUUUCGUCUCAAGUUCACGUACGCCGACGCCCCGAAGCAUCUGGAGGGUAAAAGUUGACCCGGACUGGCAUCGGGCGACGCCGGGUAUCACAACUAUUGUAGAAACUAUCUUUAUAAAUUUAUCUAAGGCCGCGCGCGGGGGCCCCGUUUGUGUUUUGUUUCUGACGGGGGGUGGGCGAAGGCGAUGGUGGGAUGGGUGUCACGCCACGCGGGCAAGCCUUGGGCGCUACGAAUUUGGUCGAAAAGCAAAUGUUGCUUGUACAACAAGUGUGACUGACAAGUGUGGGAACAAGAAAAGCAAAUAACAAAACGACAACAACGGAGCAGGGAGGAAAGAUUACGAAUCUAGGGUGUAAGAGACAAUGGUGUAAGAGGCCAAUGAUAUGGAAGAGCUUCCCCCACCUCCCAUCAACUCGGUCCGUUAUCAUUUACCGUCUCGUAUCAUUCUCGACUAUCGCGACUUCCCACUGUGUGUGCGUGGUGAUCGGUGGAAAAUGAGUAUUAAGCCUGCCUUGUUCUCGGGAUCCGUUUUGGGUCCACCGCCAACCCUCUCACCGCAUCCGAUUGAGAAGUAACACCAGAUUACCUUGACUCUCAACAAACCCUCUUCGAAAGAGCAGGCGCCGACAGGAGUGGAGUGGUCGCUGGUCCCUGGCCAGGACCAAUGCAUCGACACGAUUUUUAUGAGCAGCAGACAACAUACUUAACACCGGAGCGCAAGGUAAAAACGGAAAGUGAGACAGACAGACAUGAUGUGGUGAACGGGACCUCUGAAACGUGUUGAUGGAGCUGGAAAAUCUUAUAUAAAUAUGUACCGAAGGAUAGCGGGGCUGGAAUCGAAGCGAAAGAUCAUCAACCAAUUAGUUAAUUGUAAGAAAAUAAAUGAAAGUAAAUCAA